GACAACAUGUGUCAGUCAUUCCAUGCUGGCCGGGGUGCUCGUUUGCUGCCGAAAUCCAGAUUAAUUUAGAUAUUUAUGUAUAUCGUUAUACAUAUGCAGUGAAGAGUUAAUUUUCUGCAUAGUUAUUCACUGUUAGAAAUUUGGUCCUGGUGUAGUCACGCAGUGAAUAUUAAGAAAUGUCGGGUUUUAUCCCGGUGCCACAAAAUGAAGGUGGAGCCACUAAAGGACACCUUGACACGGAGUGGUACGAAUUUCGGAGGACGGAUGGAUCCUUAAAGUGGCCACAAGUUGUCGGGGGCAUAAUUGGCGUACUCUUCCUGAUUGGAUUGAUCGUGUUGAUUGUGUUUCUGAUUAUUGGAUUUAUUGGAACGAUAAGUUUUGGCACGACCCCCGCCAUCCAGUACAUUUCACGGGAUGCAGAAAAUUUCAGGGUAAGAUGUUCUGCAACCAGUAGCAAUGAAAAGUUUGUGGUGAAGAUAACCUGGAAAAUUGAUGAUGAUCGAGAUCCCAACGAUUUUCCUCAAGAUAUGGUCCUGCAGGAAGAUGGCUCCCUAAUAAUUUAUCACCCGAGUCAGGAACGUGACGAAAAACGGAAAUAUAUCUGUGUCGCUACCGCAACUGAGGAUGACAAGUACAAGGAGGAGAAAAAGAUGCAAAUCAAUUUACGAAUUAAGCGACCACCGCGAUUCAUUAAGACAGAGUCGCGACCAAAACAACUCACCCUAACGUACGGGGAGAAGGGUCAAAUUAACUGCGUCGUGGAUGCCCAGCCCCCCGCGACAUGGACGUGGAAAUGCGGUGGGGUCGAGAUCAAUAAUGAUAAUCCGUUCAAGGAUAAAUUCAGCGUUAUCAAUACCGAGAACGAAUCAACCCUGAAGUUCGAAUACAUCCCGGAACUAUUUCGACGUGGAGGCUGCUCCUGCCAACCCCAUAACGAGGUCUCCACCCACAUAAUAACUCUCCACACGAACGUCACCCUGUUCUACCCACCGGUUAAGCUGCACCAAGCCACCUUCCGCGGCGACACGACUGUCCGACUGAUCACUUACCGGGACGAGGAUAAGGGUCCGCCAGACACGAAUAUGUGCUUCUUCCUCCAAUACAAGAUCUCCGACGAGGAGGUUGACGACGAGUGGAAGUUUGCAGAAAGGGUUUUGACCAAUUUGGACUUCGACGUGAAGAAAUGCACAAUUGAAAAGUGGAAAGAGUGGAGAAUUGAUGGAUUCAAUACGCGUGAAGUGUUUGACCAUUUGAACGUUGUGGGUUCCGCACAUUUUGACCUGCACGGACUCCAGCCUUCAACCGGCUACGAUGUCAGAGCGAUGGCCGUCAGCGUGGAAAAUGGGAACGUUCCGCACAUCAGGCUGAGCGAUACGACUCAUUUCGUUACAAAGGGAUCGAAACAACUCAGCGAUAAUAAUUAAGUUCGUGUAUAAUUCACGAAUCUAAACCUGUACGGAAGAUACAUAUUUACAUAUAUAAAUAUUUACAUACAUACAUAUCCUGAGCUUGAUCCAAAUGUGAUUUUAAUAUCUUUACAAGGUUUACAAUUUUGUGUUGUCAUAAUAAUUACUUCAAAAGUUAGUUUAUUUCGGCAAGGCGCAAAUUUAUGAAAAAUUAAAUCCAAGCUGUUUUAAUUGGUACAUAUUUUGCCAAAAUUCAGUGCUGAACAUUUCUCAGUUAACGCUUCACUUGCAGAUAUUCCUUAAGUUUAUAUAUAAGGUUAAAAACAUUAAUUUACAUUAUUCAAUACUAAAAAUAUCGAUAAUUAUUAUUCGGUUUUAUUCAUUUCAACAGAAAAAUGUAUUCACAAAGUAGUCACAAUUACUUCAUAUUACUCGGAUUCACUAUUAAUUAAUUUUUGUAGCAUACAUAGAUACAUACAUACAUACAUACAUACACGAGAACGGGUACAUACAUAUGCAUACUCUUAAAAACCCUGUGUUAAUCGUCACCACGCGGUGUGCAUGUGUGACUUCACCAAUUAAGUGCUUAUAAUGUUUUUCACCGCAUGGUGAUAAGUCUUGCCCGCAUGGUCACAAAUUGUCACUGGCUUGGGUUAAUUUUAUCACAAUUAAAUGAGAAACAUCAUCCCCGCGGGGUGAAAUCACAGAUGUAUAUCCAUACCGUUCGUAGAGGAUUAACACCGCGUUUUUAAGAGUGUAUAUACCGCUUAGGAUUAGUUGUGCAGACGCAAACGUAUUUAUCAACGGAGGAUAGAGAAGUGAUCCUGUUUCAAUGUCUGACAUUAAAAUAGAAAGCUAUGUACUGUAAAUUUAUUCAAAUGUUUGUAUGUGUCUGUAAGCUACAAUUUGACAGACUUUACGCUGAAGUGAACGACUUAACAUACGCGGAUUACGAAAGUAAUAAAAUUUAGCUAAAUAUAA